GCUUCUUCGUUAUCCUGGUCCUUUCUUUGUGCUGUGAGCUUAAAGGAGGUGUUUUGACGUGCGGAUACUGGUUACAUCACUCGCAGCCCUUACAAUGUGAGUCGGUUCGGUGACUAAUCUCUUUCAUUUUCUGGGGUUUGGCUCGCUUGUUUGAUCUGGUUUUAGCGUUGAAACCUUGUAGGCUAAUGAAUUUGGUGGAGGAACCGGGAGGCGUCGUUGGACAUUACUGAGGAUGAAAUGGUGUGGCUGGAUGACGAUUGAUAUACCGGAGGAGGCAGAGAGAAGCAGGAAUCGAAUGACUGCAAGUUCUGAACUUGAAACAGAAUACUGCAGAGAUAAGGAGGACGACAAGAAUUGCCAUCUUUUGCCAUCCAUGGAGUGUGUUAGUAAUGUGGGUGAGUGCGUUAUGGCCGCACCGAUUUUGCCUUGUGAUGAUUUGGGGGACGGAACCCGGAGGAAUGGAAGACCGGCAGAAUUGGGCCUAGAGAUCAGUAUAUCGGAUCUCGUCUGGUGCAAAAUAAAGGGCCCUUAUUGGUGGCCGGGGAAGCUAAUCGGUUGCUCUGCCGGAGCGACGAAGAAUUAUUUUUUGGUAGCAUGUUUUGGGGAUCCGGCACUUGGUCCUGUUCGGGUUUCGCUGAUAAAGCCAUUGUGGGAGCAUUUCCCACUGAUGGAGAUGCAAAGCGGCACAGACAAGCUCCGUCAUGCUGUGGACUGCGCUCUUGACGAACUCUCUAGGCGGGCAGAAUACGUGCUGACCUGCCGGUGUGUGCCCAGAGAAGUGCAAAACAGGUUCGAAGCUCAGGCUGAAGUUAAUGCUGCUUUGGUGAAAAGUUCGAGUCAACGGGGAGCUGAAGAUAGUGUGCUGAAUACGGCUUCUUUUACACCUCGGGAACUUGUCAACUAUAUAAAACAAUGGGGUGAAUCGCCUCACGAUGGACCUAGCAGACUCCUGCUUUCUGUGGCAAAGAGCCAACUGUUGGCCUUCUCCCGAUGGAAGGGUUUUCCUCGGCUACCUAAAUUCAUAUCAUUUGGUGGGAAGUUGGAGAAUGAGGCCGACAUAAUGACUUCAUUAGGAGAUUGUUAUCAGAACCCCAUAGAGAUUAAUGGCGCUAAUCCAGAGUUUGAGGGCUGUCCUGGGAUGCUUGCGGUGAAGACAGGAUGUUACAUAAACCGCUCAAAUGAGCUUAAGCACGUUUCGCUUGACAUGGUGCAUACUGGAAGAAAGAGAAAGAGCUUCCCAGCCUUGUCAGCGAAGAAUUGUCAGCGUAUGUCGACAGAUGAAGUUGGGUCAGAUAAAGGAGCUUGUGGGAAAUCGUUUGCCAAAGCUGCUGGUCUGUAUGAAUCGGAAUCAUCAUUUACAGGUGCUCCGACCACGAUUAGCAUGGACCAAUCCAUGCAAUUCAGGCAAAAUCAUAGAGCAAUGCACAGAAUCCACAAGGUUGCAAGUGAAUCAAAUGGGUCACUCCCAUUGGCAGAGCAUCUUAAAGAAAGUCCCCCAGGUAGAAGCAACAAAAACCCCCAUUCUGGCCUCAUUCCUCAUGAUUCCGGUAGUAGAAAAACCCUCCUUGGAUAUGCCUCUCCUAAACAGAAGCUCUCGCAGCUCUGUCGUCUUGCCGGCAAUCCCAUGAGACAGAAUAAAUUUCCGACUCGCACAGUGAGAUACUUCUCAGAAUUCAGAAAUUCAGUUGUCCCGGGUCAUCUCCUAUUGAAGUCGUGUGCAGAGUCUGCAGAAGAAGCAUCUGUUGUUGAGACUCAGAGUACUUCGACAAACUUUGGCAUCGCAGAACCUAUGGAUCUUAGAUGCUUCAAGGAUUCUGUCAGGACAAGCACGAUAACUCGUAGCAUUCAGGAACCCCGACUGCCCCUUGAAAAUUGGAAUGCAGGGGAUUCUCAGCUUGAAACCCUGUGUGAGAGGUCUGUUCCUUCUGUGGUACUGAAAAAGGAUCACCAGUUUUGUCCUGCCUUUACUCGGGGCCCUCGAUUGCCUCAUGAAAAUCCUCUGAUGGAAGUAAAAAAGCCAAUUCAUGAUGACUCUGGAACGAGAAUUGAGUGCUCGAAAGAUCCAUUUUCCACUGGCAGGACCAUCCAGAGCAUUGCCGUCCAGCAACCAUCGCUUGGAAACCAUAAUACAGAAGAUCCUCUGAUUGAAUGUGAGAGGCCUCUUCCUUCUAUCAAACCACAAAUAGGCCAGUUUCGUCGUACCUUGGUUCAUAAAUUACAAGUCCGUCGUCCAAAUCCUUACAUGAUAGGAGAACAGCCAAACAAUGCCAUCCCUGCAACGGUGCUUGAGCUCUCCGAGGAUUCAUUUAUGUCCAGCAGGAUAAUCCAAAGCAUUCCUAAACCGCAACAGUCUCUUGGAAAUCAGAAUGCAGGGGAUUCUCUGCUUAAAGCCCCAUGCAAGAAGUCCGUGCCUUCUAUGGAACCACAAACAGAUUGCCAGUUUUGUCCAGUCUCGAUUCGGAAAUCACAGGCUCCUUUUCAAGAUCCUUGUGUGGAAACCAAACGUCAAAGUGAUGAUUUCUCUGGAAAGGCACUUGAGUGCUCACAUGAUACGUGUAUGACCAGCAGGAUAACCCAGAGCAUUCCCGAACAGAAAGUGUUGGUCAAAGAUGAGGAGGAUACAGGGGUUUCUGUGCUUGAAACUCCAAUCACGAAGCCUGCUCAUCUUACGGGACCACAAACCAAUCACCAUUUUGGUCCUGCCUCGAUUCAAGAAGCUCAAUCUCCUUGUGAAAAUCCUUAUGUGGAAGUAAAAGAGCCAGACAGAGACGUCCCCGGGAGUUGCAAGGAAGACUAUUUUUCGACUGCUCUAAUUUUAACCUUUACCAACUUGAAUCUAGCUCCUUCAGUAACUAAUCUGAACAAGAUGUUCAGCUGCUUCGGUCCCUUGAAGGAAUCAGAGUCGAAAGUGUUGAACAAGAGCAAGCAGGUUAAAAUAAUCUUCAAGAAUAGUAUGGAUGCGGAAGCUGCUUUCAUCAGACUUGGAGAGCAGCGUUUUGUCGGGCCGUCACUUCGAAGUUAUCGUCUCAAGUACGUGCGAUCCUGCUCUCUUGAACCUUCUCCUUCUCACGUCAGAAGGCACAACUAGCAGGAUAAGCUGUGACUCCAGGGAUCAAAUGGCCUUUCAAGCUCAUUGGCCCAUGGUUUCAACUUUCAUGUGCACUAAAAAUGUUUGGACAUUUUGCAUUUGGAAGACGGGAGGUUUUUGAGUAACGCUCCGAAAGGCGUCAUUUGCUGUGAGUUGCUGAUGAUUGAUGAACAGUGUGUCAAGAUUGCCAGCAAAAUCCUCCUCUUCGAUAUCUACAUGAUCAACCGCCAGCACCGGACUCAACCUUCAUGGUCGUUUUUUGUCAGAUCUUGAGGGCAAAAACCGAUGUCGAUGGAAAUGCAUUUAGUCUUUUGUGCCUUGCAUCUUUUGUUUGGCCAGGAAAUGUGACCUUGGUUGGGAAAGUAAGUAAGGUCUCUGCCAUGUGAAAACAGAACAGGUGUUUGAUAGUGUGAACUUAUGGAGUUGAGACAGGAUCUGAAUAGCAUGCUUUAAGCUUAGCUCCAGUUAACGUUCCA